CUCCGCAAAACGCCACGCCCAGCGGCCAACGCCACCAAAACGAGCCUUCCCCCCCACCGGCACCACUCCAAACCCUAAACAAAUUCUUUGCAAAUUCGGCUCCAAAACUGUACCCAAAAUGCCAAAUUCUGCUCGUCCACCACCUCCCCUGACCCCUACCCACUCCCCCUCCCAAAAGCGCCUCCUCGCCGCCCAAAAACCCAAACAUACUCCAUUACCGAAUUCUGCCCAAGUCCAUUUGCCCCAGAAUGAUAAGAAAACCCGGGACCUCCCAAAUUUGUCUGACUGCCAUGGCUGUGGCCUCCGGAUCGAUUAUAGUAACCCCAAGCUACGCCUUCAACCCCUGGACAGCUUUUGGAGGAUUGUUCUUCUCUGCAAGAAAUGCAUCAAGCAGGUAACUUCUGGCCAAAUAUGUCUCUACUGUUUCAAAGAUAUCGCAAAUCCUUCUUCUGAUUGCCUUGUUUGUCGUGAUUGUGACCGCCUAAUUCACAAGGACUGUGUUAGUAAAUUUGGUAAUUCGACCCCCUGGUCUUUUUGCACUAGGGAUUUAGGGUUUUCAGUGUGUAUUGAUUGUUGGGUGCCAGAAUUGCUGAAAAAUUCAGUUAGGGUUCGUAAGAAGAAGAAUGAAAAUGGUGAUUCUGGGAGUUCAGGGCGGGCUCAGAAUGCUGAUAGGUCUUUAGAGGAGACGGUUAAGGAUGCACAUUGUUCGGUGGAAAAGAAGGUUGCCUUGGCUGUGAAGGCGAAGGAAAAGGCUCUAAGAAAGGCUGUGGUUGCAAAGAAUGCGGUGGAGUUGGCAAGCAAUGCUUUGGACUUGGCUGUGAAGAAGGAUGGCAUUGGUAAGACGAUAAGUGAGGGUUUAAUGGGAAAUGCUAGCCAUGAAGGUAGUGGCGUUAGUGAUGUGACUAGGGUGGUGGAUGAUGCAGAAUUGGCAUUUCGGUUGCACCGUGCCAUGAAUAGUUCGCCAAGGAUAUCAAAGCACACAUGCUCAGUAAAUUUGAGCUGCUCAGAUGUUUUAAAGAAGAAUGGUUCGAAUGGUAUUUCACCAAAUUGGAUGGACUCAGGUAGUCAUGAAGGUGGUAAGGCAGGGGGUUGCACCAAUUCUAAGCUAGAUGAAGUUCAGGAGAGAAGUAUUAGUGAGACUUCAGCUUAUGUAGAGUCGAAAGAGGGUGGUUCUGUCCUUGCUUCUGGUAGUUUAAAGCCUGUACUAAAGACUUAUUCACGAAACAAUUUGAAGAGAAAUGAAUGCUUUAGAAAUGGUGAGGUUGGUGAUACUAUGUCUGUUGGUGUUAUUAAACCGGUACUAAAGACUUAUAGAAGGAAUAAUUUGAAGAGGAGAGAAUGCUUAGAAAAUGGUGAGAUUGGGGAUGCGGUUACAUCUGCUGUUGUUAAACCGGUGCUGAGAACUUAUACAAGGAACGUCUUGAAGAGGAAGGAGUGCUUAGGAAAUGGUGAGGUUGGUGAUCUUGGAACUUGUACCAUCAAGGAUGAUACUAGAAUCGUAUCUGAAUCUCAAUGUUGUCUGCAAGAUGAAGUUAAGAUGGAAUUACCUGUUGACAGUGCUUGGAAUUUCAGCCCAGAGCAGUCAAGUGGUGAUAUUAUACAGCAAGAAGGGAGUGCCAAUGCAAAGCCUGAGGAGUGUUUAUUAGAGUAUAACAAGAGGAUAAGAGGUUCAAGUCAAGGCUUACAGACUGAUGCCUCUUCUUACUGCAUAGCUUUUAAUAAAGAAAAUCAGGCUUCUGCUCCGAGAUUGGCUUAUUGCUCAGCCGAAUGUAGCGGGUUGUCUGAUGCUUCAUUGCAUUCCUGUGUUGUUAAUCUGCAGGGUUGUGCUUCUGUAGUUGGUUCAUCCCAAGAAGGGAUCUGAAUUGUACAGGAAUUUUAAUAUAAUCUUUCUAUGAGAGAGAGAACGGCAGCAACUUAGGACAAUAAUAGAAUAGAGAAGAUGCUUCAGAAGGUCACCGCUUGUGAUUUUCCUAAACUUUGAGUGUCUUUGGAAGUGAUACCAAGAUACUUGUAGAAGGAGAUAGAAAGCGUCCUGAUCCACCCAAUUAGCAAAGAGUUGUAAAUACAUUUUAUUCCUAUGGUAAGAGGUGGAUACCUUCAUGACCAGUAUUUUUAUCAAGUAGGUGACAGUUUGCAGGAGUUCAAGAUAUGUGUAAUUUGUAAUUUCUUUUUAAUUUUAGAUCAAUUGACUCAUGGAUGUGGUGUAGAUCCCAUAAUGCAUCGAAUAAAUGUUGCAAUCUUGCCCUCCUUUGUAAUAUGCCGGCAUAGUGAGCUAUAUAUUUAGCAUAUAUCUGCCCUAUUUUU